AUGAGUGCGGCUUUCGAUGAAUUGGUGGCUGUAGUGGGUAUAAUAUGUGACGCAAAUGAACGUCGUCGUCUUGCAGAGAAAGCAAAUGAGCAUGAAGAUGAAAGCCGGAGAGAAACAAGGUCGUCGUCUUUGGUGAAGAAGUUAAAGAAGAAAGUGAUUCUGAGUGAAACAAAGUCGUCGCUUUUCUAUCAUUUGGAGGAACUGACACGAAGAUCCAAGACUGUGUCUGAAGAUAGCGAGGAGAGCCUCUUGGAUCAUCUCCCACAAAAACCAAGGUCUUCGCUGAAUACAUUUUUUGGUAAGAGUUACAUACGAAACCAUGAAAAACUCACUAGCUUUUCUACUUGUUUAUCAUCGCUCCUCCUCGACACGGCUGAGUCGGAGAAUACGGAGAACAGAAAGCGCAAGAAGCGUGCCGUGCCACAAAGUGUUAUUAGAUCCAAGAAAGCAAAGGUUGCGUCUUCUCCACGGCAGGAGAGAGAGACGCCAGAGUGGCUUCUCGAGGUGAUGAGAGAGAUGAAGGGAGCCGAAGGACCGAUCAGGCUGAUCUAUGUGAAGCCUCUGACCCCGAGUGACGUCAAGCCAAGAGCGAGCCGUCUCUUAAUACCUUUCCAGCAGUUAAUAAGAAACGACUUCUUGACUCAUGCAGAGUCUCAAGCCAUAUGGAAUGGUCUCGAAACGAUUCUCGUGAAUCAAAGGUCGGAAAAGUGGGAUUUACGUAUUAAGAUAUGGGUGAUGAAGAAGAAGAAAGACUCUCUAAAAGGAACCUGGAACUACUCUUUGAGACAUGGUUGGAACGACGUUGUCAAGGGUAACAGAUUGAAAGCCGGAGACAAGAUUCGUCUUUGGACUUUCAGGUGCCGUGGAGUCCUCUGCUUUGCACUUGAUACAGAGUAG